AAUGGUGGACAUCCUCCUCCCGCGGCCGCUCUCGGGCGCCAUGGGGGAGCCCUCCAAGAGGCGGCCGGGGCUGGCCCUGUGCGCAGGCUGUGGGGGCCGCAUCCAGGACCCGUUCCUGCUGCGGGUGUCGCCGGACCUGGAGUGGCACGUCGCCUGCCUCAAGUGCGCCGAGUGCGGGCAGCUCCUGGACGAGACCUGCACAUGCUUCCUGCGCGACGGCAAGGCCUACUGCAAGCGGGAUUACAGCAGGCUCUUCGGCAUCAAGUGUGCCCAGUGCCGGGCGGCCUUCAGCAGCAGCGACCUGGUGAUGCGCGCCCGCGACCACGUCUACCACCUGGAGUGCUUCCGCUGCGCCGCCUGCGGCCGCCAGCUCCUGCCCGGUGACCAAUUCUGCCUGCGGGAGCGCGACCUUCUCUGCCGCGCCGACCACGGGCCGACCCCUGAUGGCAUCGCCACUCGCGGGCCGCGCAGCCCCGCGCUGCCGCAGCCCGCCGCGCAUCUCGCAGAGCCGGUGCCCGGGCGGCCGCCCGCUCCGCGGCCACCGGCGCACAAGACGGCGGAGAAGACCACCCGUGUGCGGACGGUGCUGAACGAGAAGCAGCUGCACACGCUGCGGACCUGCUACGCGGCCAACCCGCGGCCCGACGCCCUGAUGAAGGAGCAGCUGGUGGAGAUGACGGGGCUCAGCCCCCGGGUCAUCCGCGUCUGGUUCCAGAACAAGCGCUGCAAGGACAAGAAGAAGUCCAUCCUCAUGAAACAGCUCCAGCAGCAGCAGCACAGCGACAAGACGAGCCUGCAGGGUCUCACCGGGACGCCGCUGGUGGCAGGCAGCCCCAUCCGCCACGAGAGCGCCGUGCAGGGCAGCGCCGUGGAAGUCCAGACCUACCAGCCACCCUGGAAGGCGCUCAGCGAGUUCGCCCUGCAGAGCGACCUGGAGCAGCCCGCAGCCUUCCAGCAGCUGGUCUCCUUCUCCGAGUCCGGCUCCUUGGGCACCUCCUCCGGCAGCGACGUGACCUCGCUGUCCUCCCAGCUCCCCGACACCCCCAACAGCAUGGUGCCCAGCCCGGCCGAGACGUGAGGCGGCCGAGCUGCCCGCCGCCGCGGGACUUCCGCAUGCCUGCGCUCCCUGCAUGAGACACCCGGCCCCGGGCCGCUCCCAGAGCGCCGGACAAAACGCCUUUGUU